GCAACAACACACCUUUUAAAACGUAAAAGAAGAAGUAAGCCAGUGAAACGCAUUUAGGAAAAGAUGUUUCUGGCUUGUGUGAAUGUGGGAGUCUUGAGACAGUGAAGCAUGUUUUCCUAGAAUGUAAAAAGUUAGUAUAGGUCAGAAUAGAAAGUAUUAGUUAGACUGACAGGACUUGGAGUUGAAGCAAUUUCUUUUUUAUCUUUGUUUGGACACGGGCAGUAAAACGCAUAGCAGCGUCUACACUGCCGGAAUCCUACAUGAAGAAGAAGAAGCCAGUGAAACCGGACAUGUCAACUGAGUGACUGCGAAGCGAAUAAGAGACUGCAUUAUAACUCUACUUUCUAUAAAAUGAUGGAUUGCUAAUUUAAAGGAAGAAGCAGUCAUAAUAAAUCGUCAGAGAGCAAACUGCGAAUAUGACAAAUGUGUACUCUUUUGAUGGCAUCCUGGUGUUCGGCCUGCUGUUCAUCUGCACUUGUGCAUACCUCAAAAAGGUGCCUCGCCUCAACAGCUGGCUGCUGUCAGAGAAGAAAGGAGUGUGGGGCGUCUUCUAUAAAGCUGCGGUAAUUGGGACGCGGCUUCACAUUGCCGUGGCGAUUUCCUGUUUGGCUAUGGCGUUCUACAUUGUCUUCUUGAAAUGAUACAGUCAGACUGGACUAAAAAGGACCAGACGGGUGCAGGCGGGGGAUGGACUCCUCUCUGUGGUCAUGUACUAAUCGUUGUUGGGGAGAAACCUCUUGGAUUACGUGACUGAUGAAACCCCAUUGGCCCUGUGGAUCCAUGUGAAAGACUAGCCAGUGCUUCCCCCUUCUGGUGACUGGGUACAUAAUUCCUCCCUUGAUGUGUGUGCACACUGCACUACAGACAUGACGGGCAUCCGGAAUCAACUCUGCAGUUGUUACAGAGGAGAGAGCCAGUUCGGUCUCUUUUUAUCAUUGUAUUGUAGGGUAACACUGUUGGUUGUCUCCAUCCACACCCCAUGCAUAUUUAUAUUAAAGGAUGCAGAAGAUUGAAGGGCAGUGUGUGCAUUGUACCGUAUACCUGUAUACAACCUAAAAUUAGCCUAGCUGUAUAUAUUUGGAAAAAGAUAUGACCAAUAGAGAUUUGCCAGAGGUUAUGUGUGAUCAAACUGAAAAUGAUCUAUUCUGCUUGCUCCCAGCUAUGCUGUUUUUUCUGUAUCACCUCUUGUGUCAAGGGUGAGGGGAAGAUAAACAAAGCUAAUAUAUAAAGAUGUUCUUGUGUACUACUUUA